CACUUUUUUCCCCUUCUAGGCACCUAACCUGUGGCCCUCGCUAUUCUACUUCUUCUGCCUUUCCAUAACCAGCUAUACGCUUUUCCGCCUUCUCUGCGUGAAAUCGUCUGCCUCCCCGUCUGGCGCGCACUCGGGUGGAGCAUGCACGAAAAGGACGCCGAAGCAGCCUUGCUUCUCGGCCAAUGGGAGGACGGCAGUCACGCGCGCGACGGCAGUGACGCCUCCAGCGAGCCCGAGAUCGAGGCACCAACUUCCCUACCUCCCCACCGCAGAUUACGCCUCACGCUGCAGCGCAUAUCACAUCGCUGGCGCGUCCAUCCCGCCAAAUCACUCCGCGCCAACGGCUUCAAGGCGCGGCGGAGGCGCCUGAGCUGUGCCUCGUUCCGCCUGCUCGUCGCCUAUGCCCUCGGGCUUUGGCUUGCUGUCAUCCUCACGUGCGGCAGCUUGUUCCCUUCUUACUCCCAUCCUCCGGCCAGAUAUGCGCAGCUCCGGGAGCGCGUACAGCUCGCGACUUCCCCCGGUGCAGCGAACAUCGACAAUGAAAAGAUCUUCAUCGCCGCCAGCCUGCUCGACAAGAAAGGCGAGCUGACAUCUGGCGCAUGGGGCGACUCCGUGCUCCAACUCAUCCACAUCCUUGGGCCGCAGAAUGUCUUCUUGAGCGUGUACGAGAAUGACGCCGAUGCAGCGAGCAUCGAAGCGCUGCGCGCCUUCCAGCCCCGCCUUCCCUGCGCCUCCUCGCUCGUCAACGAGCACCUCGAACUCAACGACGUCUACCACGUCAAGACCGCCGAAGGCACGUCAGAAGCGAAACGCAUCGCUUUUCUUGCCGAAGCGCGCAAUCGUGCCCUCCGCCCCCUCGAGAACGAGUCCUCCCCCGCCUACCACACGCGAUGGGAUAAGCUCCUAUACCUCAACGACGUCGCAUUCGACCCCAUCGAUGCCGCCAACCUCCUAUUCAGCACCAACGUAGAUGAAGAGUCGGGCAAGGCAGAUUACCGCGCCGCGUGCGCCGUCGAUUUCAUCGAUGCCUUCAAAUUCUACGACACAUACGCCACGCGCGAUCUCGAGGGUUUCAGCAUCGGCCUGCCGCUGUACCCGUGGUUUACCAGCGCCGGGGAAGCAGAGAGUCGAAGAGAUGUGCUGAGCCAGACAGACGCCGUGAGAGUGAAGAGCUGCUGGGGCGGCAUGGUAGCCUACGAGGCGCAGUGUUUCCAGCCAUAUGCGUGGCAGGAAGGGUUUGAAGCGCUGAACAUGGCCGAGGAGCUGGAUUGGAGUGAGACUCCCGUGUCAGACGAGUCCUCUGCCCUCACAACGCGAGGGCCCUUCGACCCCCCACUACGCUUCCGCUUCGAGCGAGAAACGUACUGGGACGCCUCAGAAUGCUGCCUCAUCAACGCCGACCUCGCACAUAUGUCCGGCUCGCAGGGAACCGGCAUCUACAUGAACCCCUACAUUCGCGUCGCCUACUCGCCCCGCGUUCUCAGCUGGCUCGGCUUCACGCGACGUUUCGAACGCCUGCUAUCCCCGCUCCAGUCGCUGGUGAAUUCGCUUUGGCACCUUCCGAAACAUAAUGUGCGCCGGUUACAGCAGCCAGGCGAGGAAGUCGUGGAUACCGUCUGGCGCUGGGAGCCCUCUUCGCAUGCUGGCGAGGCUGAUGGCGGCUCGCAGGGCUCGUAUCAUCAGAUUCGAAGGAUGGCGCAGCCGGGACAGUUCUGUGGGCGGCCGGGCUUGUCGGUUAUUCGGGAUGGAGUGCAGGGUGGGAGACACUGGGCUGGCGCGCCGGUGCCUCCGCGGCCUGUUGGAGGGCAGUAGGCUGCUGCUCUCGUAACGAUUUGAUGAUGACUUGUAUGUUGAAGCGGGCGGUUUAUUGUAUUACAAGGCUGGACGUUUAGUCCGGUGACUGUCGAGAUACCAUGUGAUGCCGCGUAUG